AUGAACACCCUUUGCCACAAGCUUGAAGAGACAUUGGCCGUUCGUCGCCAGAAAGGGCGUCUGAUUGAUCCUCCUUCCCCAGCCAAGCUGGACGGCAUGGUCGACUUCAGCUCCAAUGACUCGUUGUCUCUUUCUACCUCUGGCGUUCUGACUAAGGCUUUCCUGAAUGAGCUCAAGAUGCACCCCAACUUUACCGUGGGAAGUACAUCGGCACGCAGCUUGGACGGCACAAGACAGUACCUUCUCGAUCUUGAAAGAGACGUAGCCAAGUUCCACGGUGCCGAAACAGCCAUGUUCUUUAACUCGGGCUACGAUGCCAACGUGGCUGUCUGGUCGACUAUCCCCCAGCCUGGUGACUUCAUCGUGUAUGACGAGUAUGUGCACGCGAGCAUUCACGACGGCAUGCGUCGGGGCCGGGCGAACAGCAUGCCUUUCAAACACAACGAUUGUGAUGCGUUCCGAUCAUGUCUGGAGAAGGUCCAAACCGAGAACCCAGACAUAGCGAAAGGAGAGCAGGUGGUAUUCGUCGCCCUCGAGUCCUUCUACAGCAUGGAUGGGGACCCAGCUGCCGCUGUUGAGUUGCUUGAGGUGGCACACGAGACGCUUCCACUGAAGAACUUUAUCUUCUACAUAGACGAGGCGCAUUCUAAUGGUGUCGUGGGGCCGAAUGGCUCCGGGUUCGUGUGUCACUAUGGACUGGAGGGACAUUUUCCAAUUCGUCUGCAAACAUGUGGUAAGGCGUUGGGGUCGACUGGUGCUGCUCUUUUGUGCAACGAGACUGUCAAAUUCACCCUCCUGAACUAUGCUCGGGGGGUGAUAUUCAGCACAGCACCGAGUUUCCGUCGAAAGCGCCUUCAAGACCAUGUAUACCGCUUUUAUCGACAGUUAACGUCGCAUCCCAGUUGGCCGCAGGUCAAACGAAAGGGCACUAUCUACCUCCCAACCGAGGAUACCUGGCACGUGGGACCGUUCCAGUCCCCAAUCGUGCCUGUCGUUCCUCGGCCGGACCUGCCUGUUGACUUGGGGAAGUACUUGGAGCAGGAAAAGUACUGGGUAAAUACAGUGCACUACCCUAUCGUACCCAACAAGAUGGAUCGUGUUCGGAUUGUUCUCCAUGCAGAUAAUACUCCAGAGCAAAUUGAUCAUCUCGUGGAACUUAUCAUGGAGUGGGCGACAAAGCAGAUGGGCAAAGGCAGGCAGGCUGUUUUGUGA